AUGGACCUUCUCCAUUGCCGGCGUCUGGGCGUUGGUGGCGUUUGGAGCAUGUAUAAGUUUCUCCCAAGUCCUUCUCCUCCAUUUCAAUUCAAGUGCUCAAACGACUUGGCAUUCUUUGACGUCCCACGAACAUCAGAAAGAUCUGCUCAUAUCUCCCAUCGUACCCAGGCUGGUCCAUCCCUUCGACGUUUCGCGAUCCACUCUACUACUUGGCCCAUAUCAACCACUUCAACGUCUUCUGAACAUCUUCCCUUUUCCGGUCUCCAUACGUCAACACAGUCUUCACAAUGGGUUACUACUGCUCCAACUACUACGGCUCCAUCCAUUGCCACAAUACAGUCUCCCGCUUUGGCGAUAGAUGUCAUCUCUGCGCAGCAUCAAAAAGAGGCGCUUCCAUUAAAGAUGGUCUACUUUCCGAGGCCGAGCGAUGGGGUUCAUCCACCCCCCGGCCCACCCACGGCGAUCGCCGAGUCGAGCGGGCCAGCCGGCCGGCCCGGGACUCGAGAGUGA